GCACAUUUCAUAUUCUAAAUGUGUGUUCUCUCGUGUAAAGGUUGGCUCUCAUCCAGUCUUGCUUGUGUCGUUAGAGUGCAGAAGAACCCUAAUCACAGAAUUGUUCAUGUGGAAAUUUAAGAUAAUGCUUCCUGGUCUAGCUAAACUCAAACACUUCUUGAGUGUUAUCUUAGUUUAGCAUCAGGCUCCUACGCUGCAGGCACGAUGACCUCAGCACUGUUUGCUCCUUACUGGGAGGAGAAUAUGAGACAAACUUACUAGUAUGAUAGUGUGUAAUCAUUGAUUUUUACCUUUCCGUUUGUCUUCUUUUGUCCUGUGCCUUCACCCUAAGUCAGCUGGGAUAGGCUCCAGCCCCCCGCGACCCUAAUGGGGAUUAAACAGGUAACAGCUGUAGCUAUUGUGGCAGGCGCUGGUGGAGCAGUGGUCUCUGCUCCGUUUGUUCUGGGAGCCAUAGAUUUCACCUCAGCUGGAGUAGCAGCAGGUUCCUACGCUGCAGGCAUGAUGUCUUCUGCUGCUAUUGCCAACGGAGGAGGAGUGGCAGCAGGGAGUCUGGUGGCUGUUUUGCAGUCAGCAGGAAUGGCUGGUCUGUCUGGGACUGCUACUGCAGCCGUGGCCAGUGCUGGAGGAACGGUGGGAUUUUUGGCUACUCUCAUCUGAGAUGACGCAGGAAAUCAUGAAGGAAUAAUAAAUAAGAAACAAUAUAUUUGCUUUUGCAAAUUAGAAACAAAUGUCAACAAUAUCAGUGAAGUAGAACUUUAUCUGUUGCUAAAGCAAAACUUGACUGAAAUCUGUGGAUAAAAAAUGUUUCUGUGUUUUUGCAAAGCACAUUAAUAUUGUCAAAUUGCCCAAAAUAAAGAAUAUUAAUAAAGGAAUAAUGAACAUC